CUCCCCUUGUCGAAACCAAUUCGACAUCCUGCAGUUUAUAUCUAGAAAAUGGCACAUUCGAACGGACAGGGAGCAAGCGGAGGGGCCGCUGUAGAGGCCGCACAGCAGCCUCCACAACUCGAAGAGCUCGUGAAAGCUUCCAUCAAGCGCACUCACGACAUUUUCAUUGCCAACUUCGGACUGCCUGCGCCUGUAGAUCCUCCAAGCCAGAGGAUUAAGCUAGCGUCAAAGAUUGUGGAUGAGUGGGAGCAGGUGAAGGAUUUACCAAAGGCGGUAGUGGAGGAAUCCAAAGCGACGGCGACACGGGCAGCAGCUGCAGGGGCAUCACAAGCGAAAGCCAAAGGGGCAGGGAUUUCGGAAGCGUCAGAUACAGCGGUACAAGACCUCAUUGAAGCAGUUACUACGAAUCAGGAUCAACGGAAGGGGGCGAAUGGCGCAUCAGGGGCGCUGACAUUACGGAGUCAAUCGAAGCCAAUAUCGCAGACAUACCCUGCCGAAUCUGCAUCGGCGCUUGUGCGCAUAAGAGAACCACGGAAGGUUCCGAAACCGAAAUGGCAUGCACCAUGGAAGCUCAUGCGCGUCAUCGCAGGGCAUCUGGGUUGGGUACGAUCCGUGGCGGUGGAACCUGGAAAUGAGUGGUUCGCGACAGGGGCAGGAGACCGGGUCAUUAAGAUUUGGGAUCUUGCGUCGGGAACGCUGAAACUGACGUUAACCGGCCACAUUUCGGCUGUGCGAGGUCUUGCCGUGUCUCCGAGGCAUCCUUAUUUAUUCUCGGCAGGGGAGGACAAGAUGGUCAAAUGCUGGGAUUUAGAGUACAACAAGGUUAUCCGGCAUUACCAUGGCCAUUUGAGUGGCGUGUAUACCCUGGACCUGCACCCGACGCUGGACAUCAUGGUCACUGGUGGCCGAGAUUCUUGUGCUCGGGUGUGGGACAUGCGAACCAAAGCACAAAUUUUCGGCUUGACAGGGCAUGAAUCGACAGUAUCAGACGUGAAAUGCCAAGAGGCGGAUCCGCAAAUCAUCAGUGCCUCCAUGGACUCCACCGUGAGGCUAUGGGAUUUGGCUGCAGGGAAGACCAUGACGACACUCACACACCAUAAGAAAGCCGUGAGGGCGCUCGCCGUGAACCCGAGCGAGUUUACAUUUGCGAGUGCAAGUCCGGAUAACAUCAAGCAAUGGAAAUGCCCAGAGGGACAGUUCAUGCAGAAUCUGGAGGGGCACAAUGCCAUUGUGAAUACGAUGGCUUGUAACCGGGAUGGUGUGCUCUUCUCAGGAGGUGACAACGGCUCAAUGUACUUCUGGGACUACAAAACCGGGUACAACUUCCAAACGGCCGAGUCGCUGGUCCAGCCGGGGUCGCUGGAGAGCGAAGCGGGUAUCUUCUGCUCUACCUUUGACAAAACGGGGUCACGUUUGAUCACCGGUGAAGCCGAUAAGACGAUCAAGAUUUGGAAGGAGGAUGAGAAUGCGACGCCAGAAACGCAUCCGGUCAAUUGGAAGCCGAAGUUGGGGCGGGGAGGCUUUUGAGCUGGCCGGUCUCGCCGCGAAUCCCACCUGUAUUUUCUUGUACAUAUUCAUGAUAUACUUCUGUUCCGCGUGGAGGAACGAGAAGCUCGUUAAACACUGGGGUCUUGAAGGAUGCGUGCAUUUGUGCCGACACCUGAGCCACUGCACAUGUGACAUGGUUCCCGAUUGAGGAUACGCCCUAUGGA